UCCAAGUUUGGAGCUUUUAGCUGCCAGCCCUGGCCCAUCAUGUAGCUGCAGCACAGCCUUCCCUAACGUUGCAACUGGGGGAAAAAUCACUUUCCAGUCUGUUUUGCAAGGUGUGCAUUUCCAUCUUGAUUCCCUGAAAGUCCAUCUGCUGCAUCGGUCAAGAGAACUCCACUUGCAUGAAGAUUGCACGCCUGCAGCUUGCAUCUUUGUUGCAAAACUAGCUACAGAAGAGAAGCAAGGCAAAGUCUUUUGUGCUCCCCUCCCCCAUCAAAGGAAAGGGGAAAAUGUCUCAGUCGAAAGGCAAGAAGCGAAACCCUGGCCUUAAAAUUCCAAAAGAAGCAUUUGAGCAACCUCAGACCAGUUCCACGCCACCUCGAGACUUAGACUCCAAAGCUUGCAUUUCUAUUGGAAAUCAGAAUUUUGAGGUGAAGGCAGAUGAUCUGGAGCCGAUAGUGGAACUGGGGCGAGGUGCCUAUGGGGUGGUGGAGAAGAUGCGGCAUGUGCCCAGUGGGCAGAUCAUGGCAGUGAAGCGGAUCCGGGCCACAGUCAAUAGCCAGGAGCAGAAAAGGCUACUGAUGGAUUUGGAUAUUUCCAUGAGGACGGUGGACUGUCCUUUCACGGUCACCUUUUAUGGUGCACUCUUCCGGGAGGGUGAUGUCUGGAUCUGCAUGGAGCUCAUGGAUACGUCACUAGAUAAAUUCUAUAAACAAGUGAUUGAUAAAGGCCAAACAAUUCCAGAGGACAUCUUAGGGAAAAUAGCAGUUUCUAUUGUAAAAGCAUUAGAACAUUUACACAGUAAGCUCUCUGUCAUUCAUCGAGAUGUCAAACCUUCUAAUGUACUGAUCAAUGCUUUGGGCCAAGUGAAGAUGUGCGAUUUUGGAAUCAGUGGCUACCUGGUGGACUCUGUGGCUAAAACGAUCGACGCGGGGUGCAAGCCCUACAUGGCCCCUGAAAGAAUAAACCCAGAGCUCAACCAGAAGGGAUACAGUGUGAAGUCUGACAUUUGGAGUCUGGGCAUCACUAUGAUUGAGUUGGCCAUUCUUCGGUUUCCUUAUGAUUCAUGGGGGACUCCUUUUCAGCAGCUCAAACAGGUGGUGGAGGAGCCAUCGCCACAACUCCCAGCAGACAAGUUCUCGGAAGAGUUUGUUGACUUUACCUCACAGUGCUUGAAGAAGAAUUCCAAAGAACGGCCAACAUAUCCAGAGCUUAUGCAACAUCCAUUUUUCACCCUACACGAAUCCAAAGCAACAGAUGUGGCAUCUUUUGUAAAACUGAUUCUUGGAGACUAAAAUCAAAGGACUCAAUCGGUUGACCCUCCUGUGGAUUGGGACACAAAACCUGAAUUCCAGAGCCUUCAAAAUGAAAUUAUCCUUCUGGGGGAAGCACAUUGCCACCAGAUACAUCAUUCACCACCUGUUCCUGGUGUCUACAAAGAAGAUGUGUCAUUUUUCUGAGGUUUAGAGAGUCAUUGUUUACAGCUGUGCAAGUGCCAUUCUACCAGAGCAGGAGUAUUUGGAACCAAGACUCAAGUUGAGGUUUAUCUUUUUAAUUCCUGAUCCUGAUCUUCCUUUUUUCAAGCAAAAUUUCUCUCAGAGUCUCUCCUAUCUGAGGUGAAGAGGACUUGGGCCAAAGUGGAAACAUAAAGCAAGAUCAAAGAAUUUGUGGGUGGGAUAUAUUUUUUAAGAAGCCAAUUAUCACCUUGUCACACAAAUGUGUUAAUAGAAUUUAAAAAUAUCAAACUUGGUUGCCUGGGACUUUCCAUAUCUUGACGUUCACUUGUAUUGCCAUCUGACCUAAGUAAGGCAUUGAGUUCUUCAUUCUUGGGGAUUUACCAUUUGAUUUUUGGGAGAUUUGCAUUGUUUUUCUUUCUUAGAGUUGUCAGUUUCAACAGAUUUCUUUGUGGGCAGUUAAUCUUGACAUGCAUGGGUUUCCCCCAGGUGAUACUUUUGCAUUUGCAAGAUUCUGGGUCUUUCUUAAGAGUAAGGCUAGGGGUAGUAGGUCUUGGAGAUUGAGCUCGAGUAAAGCAGGAGUAAGUCAUGGCACUUCAUGGAACCUUAAUGUGGGAAUCAGGACAACCUAAAUAAUCCCUCAAGUUUGUGACUUUGACCCAGCCUUCCUUGAUUGCAUCUGCUUGUUUUUAUUCCUCUGCCCAUCAGAGAUGAACUGGGCUGACUUAACACUCUUGUUUAAGUGGAAAGGAACUGAUCCAGCCAUUUUCAAGAACAAAGGAUCUAGGCCAACAAUUCUGCAUUAGUUUGCCUCAAUGGACUCUAUUGUUCUCAAAUCUCAAAGAUGUAAGGGAUAUCUAAGAGAACUUUUACCAAACCUGAUUCUAAAAUAUAGGACCUUAUAAUAAGAACUUUCAUUUGGUCUUUUUAGAAAGAGCAGCUGUGUUGAGUAUCUGUUCCCCUAAGUCUUUCUGUGGUAGAGCAAGUUUGCAUCCUUUGGUGCCUAUUAACAUUUGUAUUGAAGGCAUCAAGCUAUUUCAGCAUAGCAAGUCAGGCCACUGGCUUUGGGGAAUGUCAUUGGACUUUGGAGUUUAAGGCUAAACAGUGGUGCAAAGUCAUGUUUGGGAGCUGGGAGAAAGGAUGAAUGCAACAAACAGUAUUAAACCAGGAACCCCACAGAAGAGCGAGCUGAUAAAAGGAGGUGGCAGACAGAUAUAUCCCUCAACUUACUUUCAGUGUUACUAUAGAGAUGAUCUCCUGGAGAAAACCCAUCCAAAAGCCUUUAUAGUUUUUGUCCCUUAAAAAUAUUGAACGUAAGAUUCAGCAGAUGGCACUGAUUGAUUUCUGAAAAUUUUCUCUAGUUUCCCUUGUGCUAUUGAUUUUAUAUCAUUUUACAAUAAUGUAACCCAGGAAAAAAGGCAGAUUAUUAGAGGGGUGUUCAAGCACUUUGAGAGUAUGCACCCCAUCCAUCAGCUACCUUCUGGGUAAAGAAAAAUGAAGCCUUUAAACAAAAUCAAGCUUUAAUCAUUAGUCCUGGAGGCAGACAUUAUUAAGAAAGAUGGACACCAAAAGUUAUCUGAUGAGAAUUCUUUUUCCAUGAUGCAGAGAACUGUGAAUCUUCUUAGGAAUACACUACAGGUCUUCAGCUGAAGAGCUAGAACUUAUAAUUUAAAAUCAUGACACUCAAGGUUAGUUUGAAUUUUCAGAAGUAGUGAAUUGUGUGGAAGACAUAGUUGUUUUCUUCUGAUUUCAAGCUGUGUGUCUUGGUGUGUUCAGUACUUGGGAAGCUAAGAGUCAGAUGCACCGAGUGGAUUUCACACUAUGUUUAGUGAUACUCCUGGGAGUUCCCUUGUCAAUAAGGGAAGGGUAUCUUGUCAAUAAGAGUGUGAUGAAGGGUAGAUAACCUUGCCCAUCUAAAACCUCCAGUCAGAAUAUUUGGCUACCAGUGAAUCUGCAGCUUUAAUUAAAGGCUUGGGAAUUUGAACAAGAUGACAACUGAAGGACUCCUAAAUAGCCCAAGAACCUGGCAAAUUUUGUAGCCAACGUUGUCUGUGAGUCCCUGACUUUUGCUAUGAUGAACAUACUCACUGGGCUUGGGGGUUGAAGAGCAAGAAGAGAGGACCAUUUAUUUCUACUUUUAUGCAUGAAUCAUUUGGAAAAAAAUGAAGAAGUCAAUAUAAGAGGGCCAUGUCUCUUGAUAUUUAAAUUGGUUAUUUUUCUAACUCGGUUGAGAAAGAGGACUGAGGAGUGAGGAGGAGUAGUGUGAUUGGGCUCUUGGUAGGCAGUGGAAUUACUAAAUUUCUGCAUUUGCAGAAGCAAAAUUGACUGCAAGGAAAAAGUAAAACUCUGCAUGCAUACCUUUGGCACAGAGAAGGCUACCAUAUGAGACCCAAGCUAACUGAGUUACCUUUGCUGAGUUUUGCAAGUUAUAGGUGGAGUACAGUAAUGGGAACUUGGUGUAGCCUUUAGAAACCAUGGACUACGAUGGUGUAUCUGUGAUGAACUGAAGACAAGGGGCUGCUUGGACAUCAAUGGAAUCGUAUCAGGUGCCUUGUACACACACAUCUCUAGGGUGUGUGGUGAAUUCUGAGAAUUUAAUGGGGUGGAGGAAGCGGUCAGAGCAGCCAUUUUAGAACGUUUUAUGUGUCAAAAAGUUGUAACUGGAAACAGUUUGUAGAGUUCUUGGCCAAUCUCUGUGUAUAAGCUACUGAGCAUGUUCAAUUAAGGAAAUCCAGGCAAUUUCUCUCGCAUACUAUCUGUUUUAUUCUUUUGUCUCAAAUUUAUUUGCCAAGUGGAGUGAUUUUCUCCAUGAACUGAAAUGAUGAACUGAUGUUUUAAUAAAACCACAUCCAUUUUUAGAGGAAAAAUGCUUUCUUUAUGUAAUUAACUUACCCAAUUGGAGCACAUUUCUAAUAUCCCUCCCAUUUAGUCAUUUAAAGCAGAAAGAGACAUUUGAUGUGUCACUCAAGUUUCUUAUUUAAAUACACGGACAGUUUUCUAUAUAAUGUGUGAAAUCUCCACGAGACGCUAGAUGUAACUUCUAUAUGGAACUGAACUUCACAAACUUUUUAGUAAAAUCGGUGGUUUUGCCAGCUCCCUUUGUGCUUCAAUCUCACUGCUGAAAAUGCUGCUCCUUAGUUAAUAUGACCUUUGUGAGGAAGAAAAACACUUUUCUUACAUUGUGUGAAUUUUAUGAUAGACCUUUUUCAUUUGUAUAUACGAUUGCUAUUUUCCUAUGUUGCACCCCAAAAUCUGCUUUUAAGCCAUGUUUAUUGUUAAGUGAGCUGUUGGGCAAGUGAAACAUGACUGGUCUUUGCAAUCCCUUGAUGUUAGAAUCAAGUCAUUCCAUGUGCUACUUAGGAGGCCCUACAUCUAUCUCUUCCUGGUAACUGAAACAUUCUUAAAGGAGAUCGGAGAGGUGGUGCACCCCUACUCUUUGAAGCCCAUUGCCAACAAUGCAUUUCCGGAGAAUUUGAAAUAGAAGAAUGAAUGCUAUGUUAUGAAUUUUCUCAUCGCCUGAUUCUUUCAUCUGCCCUGUAUGGCAUGCUGCUAACUUUCCCUGGUGGAAAUCAUCUCUUCUUCAUGGACUGCAAUUUUUUUUUUUUUUUUUAAUGAAUGAGGCAGGCUGACCUGUAGAGUAUGGAAUUCAUUAGAAGUUCAUAAAAUAAAGACCUCUAAAGCAUAUGGGUGGAAUGUUUCCAUGCCUUUGAGGUGAAUGUUAAAUUCAAGCCCUGGGUUUGGGAACUUUUUGUUUGUAGCUGCAGAAGGAAAGAAGUAGUUGGGGAUAUGUGCUUCGCUCUGUGUUUUCUUGUGUGGAAAUGUGUGGGCCACCUCGUUUUCAUAAGGGAAAAACAUUUCUCAUCAUUGUAUGGGGGAUGGGAAUUAGAAUAUAGAGUGAUAACAUCAGUCAGACUCUAGAAUCAGAUUUAAAGUGACCUGCUUUGUAGGAAGGCAGCCUCUGGUUGGCUUUGGGGACCCACGUACAUUUUGGUUUUGGCCUAGCUUUCUUGCUAUCCAGGUUGUGUGCUUUUUUUUUCUUUUGAACUACUGCUUAUAAUUGGUGAUGUUAUCUCAAAAUCCUGAAUCCAAGGAAGUAGCUAAUGAGCAAGACUUGGAAUAGGUGCAAGUAUUGGUUGACAUAGGUGAGUUUGACAGCAUUCUCAGAUAUAGACUCAAUUGAGGGGUGAUAUGAAUUUGCUGUUAACAUUUGGAGGACCCACUUCUCCUAGGUCCUUAUUUUUAAGAUAUUUAUCUUUUCAUGCAAAUACCAUUGGUGGGUCAUACUUAAUAGCCUAGAGGGUUGGUUUCUCUCAGUCAAUAAACAAGGAAUUAUAGUAAUUGCCAAAGGUGGAGAUAAUUUUGCAUUAUAGGUCAUUCUAUGAUGAAAUUUUCAAUCACAGUAUCUUGUUAAAAGCCUAACCUUACAAUCUCCCUCUUCUUUUCUGAUGUAAGAGCAUAGUGUUUUUGACCCAGGAAAUGGCUGAGAUGUGUUGAACCAGGUGGUUGUGACACAAUCCCCAUGGUGACCGCUCAUGUCCCCUUUUGCCACCGUAAAAGGAAAAUGAUAUUGGGAGAUUUAGUCACACUUGGACUCCUCUGCUGAUGAGGAGCUGACACUUUGAUUUCCUAUCUCAGGAUAUUCUUCAGUUUCAUACUGCUGCUGAGGAGGAGGUGCAAGCUGCAGACACUGUAACUGACUGGUCUCUGAAUAUUUGUGCGUGUGUAUGUAAAACUCCACCGCGUGUGUGUUGUGUUCAAUGUUGUGUCAAUCUAUGAACUGACUCAAACAACAAUUUGAAGGUAGAGAAGACAGUGAUCAUGGCAAAUGACACCCAACCACCUCUUUCUGUCAACGUGCUAGCUAUGAUCUUCACAGCCAGGACAAAUAACUUAAGUAUUCAGGAGUUACGUGUCUUUGAGAGAAAUGGUGUGUUUAUCUCAUAAGAAAAUGUACAACCAAUAAAAGACAUUUGAAAAACUGCCAUGACUCUGUUUAUUCAUUGAGUUCUUUGUGGCAACUCCUCGUGCCAGAGAGGCUUCUUUAUGUAUAAAAGGCUUGAAGUUUUGCUUGAACUAUUUCAUCUCUUUUCUCCCCUUCUCUUCUCUCCCAUUCCAAAACAGAAUAGAACAAAACAACAUAAUUGCAAUCUCAAAGACUCGUUAGAAAGUCAUUUCAUCUA